AUGCAAAGAACAGUUCAAAGUGCCAAGUGGAAAUCAUCACCAAAAACACAGAAAGGGAGAAUCGCUCGAGUUCGAAGAAUGCUAAGUUUGACAAUUCCCAAGAAAACAGAGGCCGUGUAUAUAACGCCAGAACCGGACCAAGCCAAUGCCAAUCCCGUGAACAGAUCCCCUCCAUUACUUUCCAUCCCGUAACAUGUCCAACUCGACUCACAGGCGAACAUACACGUCCACGCAUGGUAAACGCCAUUCUCUUCUUCCUAACAGACUUCGUAGCCAUUCCACUCCUAUCCCGGUCCACUCCGUCUUCAGUGCCAGCUGGCGCUUUGCUUCUUCCAAUGCGGUCCCUGCUAAGGCGAAGGCGGUGUUGUUUAAUGCCCCCGCGUAAAUUCCCACUUGGUCUAGUGUUUGGUUCGACAUGGCGGAGGAGUUGACCAAGUCGGAAGAGAGGGUACCGGCGGGCCCCCUGGGUUCGAACCAGUUACUGCUGAAAUCGAAGAAGCAGUGAUCGGACCAGUGGCAGGAGGAGGCGAAGAGUAUCAUGAGGAGAAAGGAGCAGUAUACACAUGGUCGGUUGAGGAAGUAGGUGCACACGAAAAAGAGGAAGAUGAAUAUGGGGGAGGCAUUUGUGGGGAUGAAUAG